UACUGCUGCGACAUGAGCAUCAGAAUUCAACUGUCGGCACUGUCUGUGAUGUGAACAGUCAAACCGUAAUGGCGACUGCUGGAACAGCAGACUCGGGAUCAACAGCCCCGACAGGGACCAGCAGCUUCCGAAAAAUGGCCCCUUCAGAGAUGCCUGGCUCCUCAGGCACAACUCAGAGUAUGAAGAAGACCAUCGGACACCGGGGCGUUGAGACCACCACAGGAGAGACUACCUAUAAAAAGACCACAUCAUCUGCCCUAAAAGGUGCAAUCCAAUUGGGCAUCGCUCACACAGUUGGCAGCUUAAGCCAAAAGGCGGAGAGGGAUGUUCUCAUGCAAGACUUCGUGGUGGUCGAAAGCAUCUUCUUCCCCAGUGAAGGCAGUAACCUGACACCUGCUCAUCACUACAGUGACUUUCGCUUUAAGACCUAUGCUCCUAUUGCCUUUCGUUACUUCAGAGAACUGUUUGGGAUUCGGCCAGAUGACUAUCUGUAUUCUCUGUGUAACGAGCCACUAAUCGAGCUGUCUAAUCCCGGAGCCAGCGGAUCCCUCUUCUAUGUCUCCAGUGAUGACGAAUUCAUCAUCAAGACUGUUCAACACAAAGAGGCUGAGUUCCUCCAGAAACUACUCCCUGGAUACUUCAUGAAUAUAAACCAAAACAAGCGCACGCUGCUGCCAAAGUUCUAUGGACUCUACUGUGUUCAGGCAGGGGGCAAGAAUAUCCGUAUUGUAGUGAUGAACAAUCUUCUGCCUCGGACCAUCCCCAUGCACCUCAAAUAUGACUUGAAAGGCUCCACCUAUAAGAGAAGAGCCUCCCCUAAGGAGAGAGAAAAGGCUGUUCCCACUCACAAAGACCUGGACUUUAUCCAGGACUUGCCUGAUGGCCUGCUGCUGGAAGCGGACAACUACAAUGCUUUGUGCAAGACUAUACAGAGGGACUGCUUGCUCUUACAGAGUUUCAAGAUCAUGGAUUACAGCCUACUGAUGGGCAUCCACAACAUGGACCAGGCCAGUCGAGAGCGGGAGCGUGGUGGGGGCAAUUCGGGGGACAGUGGUGGGUCAGAUGGAGCUGUGACUCCAGAUCAGCGCCGGCCACAAGCCCAGAAAAGUCUGUACUGUACAGCAUUGGAGUCCAUCCAGGGGGAGGCUCGAGGGAAGGGAGCUUUAGAUUCAGAAGACCACAUGGGUGGUAUUCCAGCUCGUAAUACUAAAGGAGAGAGGUUGCUGAUCUACAUUGGCAUCAUUGACAUUCUCCAGUCAUACAGGUUUAUUAAGAAGUUGGAGCACUCUUGGAAAGCUUUGGUCCAUGAUGGGGACACAGUUUCGGUUCACAGACCAGGCUUCUAUGCAGAACGUUUCCAGCAAUUCAUGUGCAGCACUGUGUUUAAGAAAAUUCCACUAAAACCAUCUCCAUCUAAGAAGAGUCGUGGUGGAGGUCAGGGGGGGCUAAGGAGGGCCCCCACCCUGGGAGCUCCCACCCCACUCUCCCACGCAACUGGACAGUCAGCUGUUGACUCCAGACUGGUGUACCACAGCCACUUCAAAAGUACAGAGUCAGAGGGUGACAGUGGCGUGCAGUUGGGCAGACCUGAUCUUGUUCCGAGGACCCCUCCGCUGGUAGACAACCCUGCUGACUGUGAGGCCAACCUGUCCACCUCAUCACUAGGCAGCACAGGAUUUGCCCCCACCUCUCCUCCCCUGCGAUCUGUAGGAGUGGAAGUGCACAAAUCGGCAAACACAGACCAUGACCAGGGUGCUUCCCAUAGUUUGGGGGCAGAAGGGGCUGCAGAUAAUUCUGGCAACCUGUCUGGAAAUGAAGAUGUAGUUUCACUUUCAGACAUUGUCCCUGAGACCAACAUCUGUUUUUAAAAAACAGACACAGUGUCAUCUAAGGACGAGGCGUUUCUGGCCGAGGUGAGGUGGGUGGAAGUAAGGAUAAAGAGAGCGAAAGUCUCCACUGCGGACCCUUCGUUGCACCUAUGUUUCUCACCCAUACAUACAGUAUAUACAGGGAUCGCUGGAUAAAGCAGCGAGGUGCAGGAAAGGUUCUGACAGUGAGGAAAGCAGUGAUGCGAAGAUCAUGAGGACAGUGUGCAGUGGGCCUUAGACUUUCCCAGCUACAAACAGUCACUGUGCGUACACAUUUUGUCCACACCUGUCCCCAAGCCCAAUUGUCUUUCAUAAACACCUAGAAAAACGCCUGGCGCAUGACCCUGAAUUGGCAGCUCUCUAAUAGCCCCAGCAGCAUUACACUGAUUAAAGAAGGAUUCUCUUUCAUAUUCGCAAUGUGUCUGUCUGCUGCAACAUCAUAAUAAACAAAAUAAUUAGUUGUAUAUUAUAAAAAGCCCCCCGUCACCAGUGGAUGGUGAAGGCAGUGAAACUCUCCAUGAAGAGUCAGUCGUUGUGCCCACAUUUGACAGCAUGAAGAGAUGUGAGUGGGCACAGACAGCCUUUCAGCAGGAACACACACACACACACACACACUUAAGAUAAGAGCACAUGAUGGGUAUAGCCUACAUUUGUAGGAGGAAAUAUUUUCCUGUGUGUUCAUGCACAAUCUAAGUGGGUUCACAUUUCUGUGACUCAUGCUCUAGUAUUUCUGUUACCACACCUCCAUUUCCUCUCAGCACUCCUCAUGAGCAAGGGGAAGUCUGAGCUAUUGAUGGUCAUUGUUCAAAUCAACACUUGCUGCUGUCAACUCUGCAAUCUUGUAUUCUUUUCUUUUUACUGAUUGUGGAUGUACAGUAUUUGUUUGAAGUCAGAUUUUGUAACACCGAAGGGAUGGCUUGAACCAGACCCCUGCGGUAAUUUUGUUACACUUUUUGUGAUAAGUUAUUCUGCUGGAAGCCACGGUGGUGCUGCACAGGUCCGACUAGAUCUUGCCACUGCUGAAUGUACAUUACAAUGUUUUUCUUACAUAGAAUGUGUCUUAUUAACAUGGCAGACCACAUUUGUACAACCCUGAAAAUCUCCCCCUCUGAUGUGACCAUAUGUGCUGACAUACAGUAUAAAUGAAUACAGAGAAAAGAGCUGUCGACAACAUUGCUACCCAGUAGAUGCUGUUAAAUGAAGUAAUGGUAUUAGUUAAUAGAACAGUAACAUUCAAACUACUGCCUGUUGUCUGUCAUGUCUGUGCCUUUACAGGUUUGUCCCUCACCUAAUGUCAUGUAUAACGGACAUUUUUUACAGGUUAGUGUCGCACAGAGAAACCUGCCUUAUCACUACAGCUGAAGUCAUCAAACUGCCAUUUGUUGUCUGGACCAACCAAUCUGUUGUCAAGGUUUAAAAGAAUUUCAGAUUUUAAUGCAAACACUAGUAUAAUCCCAUUUGGUUACGUGCAUGUCGAGUGUUCAGUCACCUUGGUUCAUCAGCUCAGCCAAACCUUUUAAGUCUUCUGACAUCAGACAGUACGGAUGACUGUCUCUUAUUAUUUAUUUCUGCUGGUUACAGAAAUGACACCCGCCCACAUCCAAUCUAGGACCAAUAUUACUAUCCAUGUGUUUUAUUUUUUUUUUUUUUAAUGUAGUCUUACUACUCUUUUACUCGUUAGUUCAUAACAAAUUAAGCUUUGUUGCCACAAAAUGUUUUGUCUUUAUCUCAUUGUUUAGGGCGUUAAACAGGUCACAGAUGUUGCUUAGCUGAAAGCUUUUUACCGCAUGAGAUAUUUCUGAUACAGAAAUUUGAAUCACUACCAGGUGAAAUGUAGCCGAAUUGAAGAUCUUAGACAUCAUCUCAUUUAAUGAAUUUCUGUUUAUGUUUGUAUGGUUGUUAGGCACAUGUGGUCUGUGAAGCAGAGAGGGAGAAGGGGAAAUUUGAGUUAUGAAUAUAGAAAGAACGAAAAUUACUCGUUCGUCAAUGCGCAGUUGAGGAUUCAGGACUGACUCUUUUGUAUUAUAAGCCAGUCGCUGCACCAAAGAAAAGAGUAGGGAGCUCCUGUGAGGGAUGUUCAGGAUCCAGUACAUUUGCCGUGAAAAUGAAAUUAAACACCCCUGGAUACCUGCAUGGAUUGAUAUGUUGUAUGUGGUAAUAACACUGGGUUAACCUGUGUUUUAAGGAUCUAUUUUAAAACUGGAUGUUUUUUGCUUGAUAAUUUCAUGUCUGAUAGGCUGUAUCUGACAUUAACCUAGUCCCUGUAAAGAUUUAUUUUUCUUUAUCAAAGAAUUAUUUUACUUUGGCCUGAGACAUUUCAAGAGUCAACUCCACAUUCCUGUGAAAUCCUUUGAAAAGUUAAAAUUUACUGCAAUUGUGGUAGCUCUCAGAACCCAUUAUUUACAUCCUUUGUGUAGUUGGGAUAAUGUACUUGAAAUUGAUUACUUCUGAUAUUAUGCUGAAAUGCUAAUUACUGAUUAUUUCAAACAUCAGUUUAAAGUUGUAUUUACUUGGUUCAGAGUCAAACAGCCACCAAAGAAAAACACUCCCAGAAAACCUUUCUGAUUUGAAAAAAAAAUCCAGAUUAUAACUUGUGACAGCUUGAUUUUGAUGUUUUAUGUUGUAACUUUUUUUAAAUGGGUGGUGCUUUGUAAUUGCUGGCCUCAGGCCAGUUGUGUCACAGUUAUGUACUACACCCAUGGCACAAGAGAAACAUCAUCCUUCGGUGCUUAAAGAGCUGUGCACUCAGUGUAGACACUACAAUACAUUUGAAGUAAUGCAAUAUGAACCACAAUCUGCCACCUUUCAGCUCCAAGAAGUAUAUUUAUUAAUUUGAUUGAUGCUGUAGGCUGAAAUGAUAAAGUUGUAUUAUGUACCUUAGAUGAUUGUACGUAUACUGUAAACUGACAGAAGGAUGUGUGAAAACUUUAUAGUGUGUAUUGCCUAUGAAGGGGGACUAUUUGACAAUUUCACUUUUUAUAUUUCAUGUUUAGAUUGUGAUAUGAUAGAUAUAUUCUCUCCAUGAUGAUUCUGGGCCGUUAAGCUCCCGUGCUUUUUCUACAUGAAUGUUUCACACGGCUUAUGAGCCAACGUUGCUGGUUGUCCUGUAUGCUUCAAUUACUAUAUUUUUACUGUGUAUAAAAUGUGUAUAUGUACAUAGGAGUCACGGAAAUGCCUUUCUCAUGCAAUAUGUGCUGCCUGUCCCUCCUGCCAUGUUUCAGUUAUGUGGUGGUGAUGUUUUCAUGUCUGAUUUUAAAGGAUUAAACAUAUUUUCUAAAUC